UGCACCAUCUGAGAAAUGUGGUUCACUUCCGGUUCGCCCUUCCCUCUACUCAAACUUCCACUGGUUGCUAUUUCUGAAGUUCUGGAUCACAUGGAUACCGGGGAUAUAUGUGCACUCCGAGUAACAUCUCAAAAAACGAAGAACCUCGUCCAGCAGUCUGCAAGACGCUUCACAGACCGUCCCAAGCAUUUGUGCCAGCUUGAUAUAAUUGCACGUCGAGACCAUUUUAUUCUCGGCUCUCGAAUUGGAUUUGAUCGUUGUACGGAAUUAUAUAAAGGAAGAGAUAUUGAUAGACUAUUGGGAACAACCAGUGACCUCCUGGAUAAUCUACAUGUUGAGCACGUUAAUCUGGAUAUAAGACGUCGAGAUGAAGAAGUGGAGAUUCACAAAAUUGUCACAAUGCUCCUGAGAAAAAAGGCCAAUGUGUUCAAAACUCAGAGAUAUGAACAGUUUUGUGAAUUUUUGUAUGCAUUAUUCGGUUUUUAUAUUUUCUCAUCUCUUUUCCUCUCUAUCUUCGUCCGUUUCUCAUUUCUUUAUCCCAUUUUUUUGAUUUUGUUAAUUGUAAUUUUUUCUAUUGUUUACUUGUGGAAAUAUUAGAAUUACUUGAUAUCUAACAUUGAAUGAAUAUUUUUAAUAGUG